AUGUCAAGGCCGAGACUCCACGUGGUAACCACAGCAACCAUCAUGUUUGCCGUCUGGAUGGAAACUUUACUUCCGGUUAAUGCACUAAAUGAUCCAGAUCACUGCCGAAAUGCCUGCUACCAGUUGAACAGACUCAUCGAAAGAGCUCGCAGAAACCCCAACAAUGUACAGAGCACGUUUUUAAGUAACUGCUACUCGAAAUGUCUCCCAGGUUGUGGGAUCCAGACCAUGAACAGAUACCGGAUUGUUGGAGGCACGGAUGCUUCAGAAUGUGAGUUUCCUUGGGUGGUCGGCAUUUCAAUCGGCUCUAACUUCUGUGGAGGGGCGGUGCUCGACAAUCUGCAUAUACUCACGGCAGCCCAUUGUUUGAGGGAUCGAAGAACUGGAGCUAUUGUUGACAUCUCUCAGGUGUUGGUGAGGGUAGGAUCCUCUCAGAUGUCACGUCUACAGGUAUACAGAGUAGCCAAAAUGGACGUGGAUGAGCGGCACGUUCGGGUCAUCAAUGAUUACGAUGUUGCUGUGUUGACCCUGGCUGUUCCCCUGGUGUACUCAGAAUGUGUGUCCCCGAUCUGCCUGCCCGAGGUCUGGGAGGAUCCGAAGAAAGCAGAGUUUUGCGUGGCUGCCGGCUGGGGAGUUGAAUUUCAAAGUUCCGAUAUGCUGACAGCAAAUCUAAAGAAGGUGACACUGCCGAUUGUGGACAACAGUGUCUGUGAGCGGUCGUACGGGACGCGUUACGUCAACUGGCUCAAGUUUUGUGCUGGCAACUUCAUGGACGGAGGGAUAGAUACUUGCCAGGGCGACUCAGGCGGACCUCUGAUGUGCAAAUUCGGCCAUCGGUACGUAGUUUCCGGUAUCGUAUCCUUCGGUUCAGGCUGUGCCCGGGCCAGGUAUCCAGGAGUCUACACUUACCUAGCUCAUCCAGACAUCCUGUUCUACAUCAAACGGGUUAUGGGCGUCAACUGA